AUGCCAUCUCGACCACCACUUCUCUCAGAACUCACCCCAUCUACCUCGGGCAUCGUACUGGAUCCUAACACCGGUGAUCGGAAAGUAGCUCCAUCUAAACGGCCGGAUGGGACGAUAAGGAAAGAGAUCAAGAUCCGGCCAGGCUUUACGCCCCAAGAGGAUGUAAGCAAGUUCCGCUCGGCGCGGCAAGCCGAGUCGGAGUCGCGGAAGCUGCCGAAGGGGAGUGUCGUAGGGAUGAUCCGGCCGGAAGUAGCCGUUGCCCAAUCGGCCCUCAAGGGGAUGACCCAAGCCCAGAAGAAGAAUGCGAAGCGCAAGGAGAAGCGCAAGACCGAGAACUCCUCCAAGCUUGAUCAAGAGACCGAGGAGACCCCGGACCAAUGGGAUCGCUCGUCCACUGCCAGCAACCCAGCCCACGACCAGCCAUCCACCUCCCCCCCUCCUGUCGCCGAGGGCCAACAGCAAGAGCCCCCUGCUCCAGCCAGCUCAGCCGCCAGCCGCCAAUCGCAGCCAGCGAAAACGGCCAAGAACCCGGGCAAGGCGCUCUUCCAAUCCGCACUCAAGUCGUCAUCCUCAAACCCUCUCCCCCCGCCACUCCAGCAUCUCGUCCCUCCCCAGUCAUCCUCGGCAACUGCCACAUCAACCACGACAGCCCCAGCCGGCCCCUCUCCUGCGUCCACAGCCAAGAAGGACCGCCAGGGCAAUCAGGCAUUCAAGUUGUUUACCAACGCCGUCCAAAGCCUCGAGAUCGACGACAAACCUAAAUCCAAUAAUAAUCAAUCCUAG